AUGGUGGCCUUCCCCGAUGUGGCUGUGAUCUUCUCCCCAGAGGAGUGGCUGUGCCUGGACACCUCUCAAUGGAAACUCUACAGAGAUGUGAUGUUGGAAACCUACCAGCACCUGCGGGACAUAGUAUGUUUCCUAAUUUGUGGCAAGGCAUUUGCUCAAUCCUCAGCCCUUAACAGACACAUGAAAAUUCAUACAGGAGAGAAGCCUUAUUCAUGUCAGGAGUGUGGAAAGGCAUUUACUCAAUCCUCAGCCCUUAACGUACACAUGAAAAUUCAUACAGGAGAGAAGCCUUAUUCAUGUCAGGAGUGUGGAAAGGCAUUUGCUCAAUCCUCAAACCUUUCUGAUCACAUGAAAAUUCAUACAGGAGAGAAGCCUUAUUCAUGUCAGGAGUGUGGAAAGGCAUUUGCUCAAUCCUCAGCCCUUAACGUACACAUGAAAAUUCAUACAGGAGAGAAGCCUUAUUCAUGUCAGGAGUGUGGAAAGGCAUUUGCUCAAUUCUCAGCCCUUAACAAACACAUGAAAGUUCAUACAGGAGAGAAGCCUUAUUCAUGUCAGGAGUGUGGAAAGGCAUUUGCUCAAUCCUCAUACCUUUCUGCUCACAUGAAAAUUCAUACAGGAGAGAAGCCUUAUUCAUGUCAGGAGUGUGGAAAGGCAUUUGCUCAAUCCUCAAACCUUUCUGAUCACAUGAAAAUUCAUACAGGAGAGAAGCCUUAUUCAUGUCAGGAGUGUGGAAAGGCAUUUGCUCAAUCCUCAACCCUUAACAAACACAUGAAAAUUCAUACAGGAGAGAAGCCUUAUUCAUGUCAGGAGUGUGGAACGGCAUUUGCUCGAUCCUCAAUCCUUAACAAACACAUGAAUAUUCAUACAGGAGAGAAGCCUUAUUCAUGUCAGGAGUGUGGCAAGGCAUUUGCUCAAUCCUCAGCCCUUAACGUACACAUGAAAAUUCAUACAGGAGAGAAGCCUUAUUCAUGUCAGGAGUGUGGAAAGGCAUUUGCUCAAUCCUCAACCCUUAACAAACACAUGAAAGUUCAUACAGGAGAGAAGCCUUAUUCAUGUCAGGAGUGUGGAAAGGCAUUUGCUCGAUCCUCAAGCCUUUCUGAUCACAUGAAAAUUCAUACAGGAGAGAAGCCUUAUUCAUGUCAGGAGUGUGGAAAGGCAUUUGCUCAAUCCUCACACCUUAACACACACAUGAAAAUUCACAAAAGGGAGAAGUCUUACAUGUGUCAGGUUUGUGGAAAGUACUUCACUCAAUCUUCAAACCUUAUUAAACACAUAAAUAUUCAUAAGGGAGUGAAGCCUUAUACAUGCCGGGAUGGUGGAAAGGCCUUCACUGAAUCCUCAUUGCUUAUGCACAUGAAUAUUCAUACUGGAGAGAAAACGUAUUCGUGUCAGGAGUGUGGAAAAGCCUUCAUUCCAUCCUCAAACCUUUCUGGUCACAUAAAAAUUCAUACAGGAGAAAAGCCUUAUUCAUGCAGGAAAUGUGGAAUGGCAUUUGAUCAAUCCUCAAAGCUUAACAUACACGUUAAAAUUCAUACAGGAGAGAAGCCUUAUUCCUGUCAGGAGUGUGGAAAGGCAUUUGCUCGAUCCUCAGACCUUAACACACACAUGAAAAUUCAUACAGGAGAAAAGCCUUAUUCAUGUCAGGAGUGUGGAAAGGCAUUUGCUCGAUCCUCUAACCUUUCUGAUCACAUGAAAAUUCAUACAGGAGAGAAGCCUUAUUCAUGUCAGGAGUGUGGAAAGGCAUUUGCUCAAUCCUCAAAUCUUAACGCACACAUGAAAAUUCAUACAGGAGAAAAGCCUUAUUCAUGUCAGGAGUGUGGAAAGGCAUUUGCUCGAUCCUCAAACCUUUCUGAUCACAUGAAAAUUCAUACAGGAGAGAAGCCUUAUUCCUGUCAGGAGUGUGGAAAGGCAUUUGCUCGAUCCUCAACCCUUAACAAACACAUGAAAAUUCAUACAGGAGAGAAGCCUUAUUCAUGUCAGGAGUGUGGAAAGGCAUUCGCUCGAUCCUCAGACCUUAACAAACACAUGAAAGUUCAUAUAGGAGAGAAGCCUUGUUCAUGUCAGGAGUGUGGAAAGGCAUUUGCUCGAUCCUCAAGCCUUAACAAACACAUGAAAGUUCAUACAGGAGAGAAGCCUCAUUCAUGUCAGGAGUGUGGAAAGGCAUUUGCUCGAUCCUCAAACCUUUCUGAUCACAUGAAAAUUCAUACAGGAGAGAAGCCUUAUUCAUGUCAGGAGUGUGGAAAGGCAUUUGCUCAAUCCUCAAAGCUUAACAGACACAUGACAAUUCAUACAGGAGAGAAGCCUUAUUCAUGUCAGGAGUGUGGAAAGGCAUUUGCUCAAUCCUCAAGCCUUUCUGAUCACAUGAAAAUUCAUACAGGAGAGAAGCCUUAUUCAUGUCAGGAGUGUGGAAUGGCAUUUGCUCGAUCCUCAAACCUUUCCGAUCACAUGAAAAUUCAUACAGGAGAGAAGCCUUAUUCAUGUCAGGAGUGUGGAAAGGCAUUCGCUCGAUCCUCAGACCUUAACAAACACAUGAAAGUUCAUACAGGAGAGAAGCCAUAUUCAUGUCAGGAGUGUGGAAAGGCAUUUGCUCGAUCCUCAAGCCUUAACAAACACAUGAAAGUUCAUACAGGAGAGAAGCCUCAUUCAUGUCAGGAGUGUGGAAAGGCAUUUGCUCGAUCCUCAAACCUUUCUGAUCACAUGAAAAUUCAUACAGGAGAGAAGCCUUAUUAAUGUCAGGAGUGUGGAAAGGCAUUUGCAAAAUUCUCAAAUCUUAACAUACACAUUAAAAUUCAUACAGGAGAGAAGCCUUAUUCGUGUCAGAAGUGUGGAAAGGCAUUUGCUCGAUCCUCAGACCUUAACAAACACAUGAAAGUUCAUAUAGAAGAAAAUCCUUAUUCAUGUUCAGAGUGUGGAAAGGCUUUUGGUGAAUCCUCAAGCCUUAACAGGCACAUGAAAAUUCAUACAGGAGAGAAGCCAUAUUUAUGUUCAGACUGUGAAAAGGCAUUGCUUGAUCCUCAUACCUUAACAAUGAAAAUUCACACAAUGGGCCGGAGUAAUAGUAUGGAGAUCCAGUAA